AUGAACAACUUGAGUGGUUUGAUUCCACAAGAGCUCUUUAACAUUUCAACUCUUCAGAUUCUUUCUCUUAAUGACAAUGCUCUGUCAGGGGUUCUUCUAACCCAUUUAUGCCAUGCCUCUCCCUUUCUUGAAGAAUUGAAUCUUGACGUAAAUUUCAUAAGUAGUGCAAUACCCAAUUCUAUCUCUAACUAUUCUCAACUCACAAUUCUCUCACUUGCUGGAAACAAAUUCAGUGGUUAUAUACCUACUCAUCUUGGCAACCUAAGACUUCUCCAAUAUCUUUUCCUGUUCGACAACAAUCUUACCCAGGCACCAUCUUCUUCCUUCAUUACUUCAUUGACAAAUUGCAGGUCUCUAACUAGUUUGUCAAUUGGUGAUAACCCACUAUACGGUGUCAUUCCAAAUUCUGUUGGGAACUUAUCUUCCUCGUUUCAAGAAUUUUAUGCCUAUAACUGCAAAUUCAGUGGCAGUAUUCCUGUUGAAAUAGGCAAUCUAAGCAGUUUGAUGACAUUGGCUUUGGAUGCCAAUGAGUUAUCUGGUAAUAUUCCACUCACUAUCAAACAUCUACUUGACCUUCAAGGAUUAGAUCUGUCUGAUAACAUGUUGGGAGGCUCCAUUCCACAUGCUAUAUGUGAUUUAUUCAAGCUGGAUACUUUACAUAUGAGACAGAAUCGAUUUUCAGGACCGAUUCCAAAAUGUCUGGGAAAUGUUUCUUCUUUAAGAAAUAUUUUUCUACACUCCAACAUGUUGAAUUCAAGCAUACCUUCAAGCUUAUGGGGCUUAAAAGAUUUGAUCAAACUAGACUUGUCCUCGAAUUCAUUGAAUGGAUUCUUACCUCAAGAGAUAAGUAGUUUAGGAGCAGCAAUAUAUAUAGACCUAUCGAUGAAUCACUUGUCAAAGUCUAUUCCUAGCACUAUUGGGAAGUUGCAGAAUUUGGUUAAUUUGUCUUUGGCAAAUAAUAGACUAGUAGGUUCUAUUCCUGUGUCUAUGGGAGGUUUGGUCAGUUUGGUAACUCUUGACUUAUCCUACAACAACCUCUCUGGUUCAAUCCCGAAGUCUUUGGAAGCACUUCAACACCUCGACUACUUUAAUGUUUCUUUCAAUAGUUUAAUUGGAGAAAUUCCUAAUGGCGGUUCUUUUAGAAACUUCACUAUGGACUCUGUUAAGGGAAUUCUUAACAAUGGGAGGGAUAUCGCUGUCAAGGUGUUUAAUAUGCAGCUAAAAGGUAUUUCAAGAAUAUUUGAUGUCGAAUGUGAGAUACUACGUAGCAUUCGACAUAGAAAUCUGACAAGCGUCAUAAGUAGUUGCUCCAAUGAAGAGUUCAAGGCAUUAGUACUUGAAUAUAUGCCAAAGGGAAACCUUGAAAAAUGGUUAUAUUCCCACAACUAUUGCUUGAAUCUGAAGGAAAGAUUGAAUAUAAUGAUUGAUGUUGCAUCUGCUUUGGAGUAUCUUCACCAUGGUUAUUCAAUGCCCAUUGUCCACAGCGACUUGAAGCCUAGUAAUGUAUUGUUAGAUGAAGACAUGGUAGCUCAUGUAAGCGAUUUUGGCAUAGCAAAGUUGUUAUGCGAUGGAGAUAGCUUUGUGUUAACCACCACGAUAGCAACAUUGGGUUACAUCGCUCCAGAAAGGUUGUUGUAUGACAAAUCGAGAUUUGCCAAAUUGAUCAUGCUUCCCAUUGACACAGGAAUAGAACCUUCUAGUCUAUUAUUUGCCAAAGACAGAUUAAUCAAAUUUUGCAACUUCCCAAUAGUGCUAGGAAUAGACUUUGACAACUGA